UGUAAACUUGAUGAAUCUCUUUGCGGGAUGUAAUGAUACAAAGCGAUAUUAUUGUUUGGUUAUUACACUGGGAGCUUUUGUUUAAAAUAUACAUCUGAUACACACCAGUCGCUUUUAUCAGAUCGCAUAGUAUCGUUACCUUUGAAGAAGUUCAUUGUCUUCCGUAUAUAUAUGGCAAGUUUGAAGUAUGGCUAAUCAACCUAGAGUGUUAAAAGUUGUCUUGAUUGGCGAUGGAGGAGUUGGGAAAAGUUCCAUAAUGAACCGUUUUAUCACCGGUGAAUUUGAUGGACAAUCAUACCAUACAAUUGGUGUUGAAUUUUUGACCAAAAAUGUUGAAGUUGAAGGAAAACAAUACACGCUACAAAUUUGGGAUACAGCGGGUCAAGAGAGAUUCAAAAGUUUACGCACUCCAUUCUACCGUGGUGCUGAUUGCUGUAUGUUGACGUAUGCUGUCAACGAUGCACAGAGCUUUCACAACCUGAAAAUGUGGAAGCAAGAGUUCCUUUAUUACGCAGACAUAAAUGAUGACAAAUUUCCCUUUGUGGUGCUUGGAAACAAAGUCGAUGUUUACGACAAAGAAGUUCAGCAAUCUGUUGCCCAGAACUGGUGCAGAGAAAACGGCGGCUACCCUCACAUUGAGACAAGCGCUAAAGACGAGACUAAUGUGACUGAAUGCUUUAAAACUGCCAUCAGGAACACAGUAUCUGCCCAACUUCAUCAAGGUGAAGCAAGUAUCAGUAACUUGACUUCUGACACGCCUAAUAUUAACUUGAAGGCCAUGGCUAAAGACAAGCAAAGCUGCUGUUGAACCUCAUUGGCUUAAAGAUAAUUUAUUUUUCUCGUUGCUUUCGGAACAUUUACAGAACCAUGGUACUUUUAUAGCAACAACGGUACAAUUUAUGAAUUUUUGUGAAAAGCAGAAGGCACCGCACACAAACAAGUGGAAAAAGUUGGGAAUUACAUUGCAGAUUAACUCUGGGAGCGAUUUUCAUCUACAUCAUGAUUUCUUCACAGGCAGCAGCUUAUUUAUUAAUCCAGCUCUUCACUGUGAAUCUUGAAAAGUUUCGCCACUUCAGUGUAGUCGUCAUACGCUUGUUGAUCUCUUAUCAUCUGCAAUAUGAAUUAAUUUAUAUUGUUUCAUAUUUACAGCUUUAUAUUUGUAUGUUUAUUAAUUGUUAUUGGGAAAAAUGGCGAUAAUAUAUCCCGCAUUGUGUAACACUUCAUUCAAAAAACUUUUCAUUAAUUAAACUGUACCUUUCGUG